GAAGUUAUUCUUAGUUGACGAUGAUGUUUGGGACUGUCUUCUUACGUAAUGAGCUCUCAACAGUAGAAUUGAGACGUGUCGUCAAAUCAGUUUACCCUGGCCAAGUUUCCUGAUUAUGCCAAAAUGGUUCAAACCAACGAUGCACUCCAAGACACAGGAAGGAGAUGUUUCCUUGAGUCAGAGCUGCGGGCACUGUUGCAGCAGAGGAUCAUGAUUCUGGAUGGGGGUAUGGGAACUAUGAUCCAGCUGGAGGACCUCCAAGAGAAUGAUUUCCGGGGGGAUGAAUUUAAAGAGCACAAGUUGCCUCUAAAAGGAAACAAUGACCUAUUAAGUAUCACAAAGCCAGAUAUCAUCUACAAAAUUCACAAGGAAUAUCUGCAGGCUGGUGCAGACAUUAUCGAGACCAACACAUUCAGUAGCACGUCUGUUGCUCAGGCUGAUUAUGGACUAGCACAUAAGGCGUAUCGUCUUAACAAAGCAUCAGCAGAGCUAGCAAGAAGAGCAGCUGAUGACUUCGCAAAACAAACAGGAUGUAAGCGAUACGUGGCCGGGGCAGUUGGCCCAACCAAUAAAACACUGUCUGUAUCACCUUCUGUGGAGAGACCUGACUUUAGAAACAUCACCUUUGAUGAGCUAGUUGAAGCCUAUUUGGAGCAAGUCAGAGGUUUGUUGGAUGGAGGAGUGGACCUAAUUUUGGUUGAAACCAUCUUCGACACAGCCAAUGCCAAGGCAGCACUGUUUGCCAUUGAUCUGCUGUUUGAGAAGAACUACGAAAGGAAACCUCUAUUUAUAUCAGGAACCAUUGUUGACAGGAGUGGGCGUACUCUGUCUGGUCAGACAGGAGAGGCCUUUGUCGUGAGUGUAUCACAUGCUAAGCCAAUAUGUAUCGGUCUCAACUGUGCCUUAGGGGCGACAGAGAUGAGACCAUUCAUCGAGGCCAUAGGAAAGAGUACCACUGCUUUUAUAAUCUGCUAUCCCAAUGCAGGUCUUCCCAACACGUUUGGAGCUUAUGAUGAAACUCCAUCACACACAGCCUCCAGUUUAAAGGAGUUUGCAGUGGACGGACUAGUGAAUAUUGUAGGAGGCUGUUGCGGCACUACUCCAGCACACAUAAGAGCUAUAUCAGAAGCAGUCAAACACUGCCGACCUAGAAUUCCUAUGGAGGGCAUUUUUCAAGACUACUUGCUGCUCUCAGGUUUGGAAUCAUUCAAGAUAGGCCCUUAUACAAACUUUGUAAACAUUGGUGAGCGCUGCAAUGUGUCUGGGUCACGCAAAUUUGCCAAAAUGAUUAUGGCUGGGAACUAUGAGGAUGCUUUAAGUGUUGCAAAGGCACAGGUGGAGAUGGGAGCCCAAAUACUCGAUAUCAACAUGGAUGAGGGGAUGCUGGAAGGUUCAACAGCGAUGGCUCGAUUUUGUAAUUUUAUUGCUUCUGAGCCAGACAUUGCACGGGUUCCUCUAUGUAUUGACUCAUCUAACUUCUCAGUGAUUGAAUCUGGACUGAAAUGUUGCCAGGGGAAAUGUAUAGUCAACAGCAUAAGUUUGAAAGAAGGUGAGCAGGAGUUUCUGUUGAGAGCAGCAACUGUGAAGCGCUUCGGUGCUGCUGUGGUGGUCAUGGCCUUUGACGAGGAAGGCCAGGCAACAGAUACAGCCCGCAAAGUGGAAGUCUGUACCCGAGCCUAUAACCUAUUGGUGAGCAAAAUUGGGUUUAAUCCCAAUGACAUCAUAUUUGACCCAAAUAUUCUGACUAUUGGCACCGGCAUGGAGGAACACAACGACUAUGCUGUCAACUUCAUCUUGGCCACAAAACUUAUUAAGGAGACAUUGCCAAGAGCCAGGGUGAGUGGAGGUCUUUCCAACCUGUCUUUUUCAUUCAGGGGAAUGGAGGCCAUCCGAGAAGCUAUGCAUGGAGCAUUUCUUUAUCAUGCUAUUAAGGAUGGUAUGGACAUGGCUAUUGUGAAUGCUGGGAACCUGCCUGUCUAUGAUGAUAUUGACAAAGAACUACUGUUACUGUGUGAAAACCUGAUCUGGAACAAAGACGGUGAUGCUACAGAGAAACUCCUGGCCUAUGCACAAAACAACGUAAAGGGAGGGAAAAAAGUUGUUCAGACAGACAAGUGGAGAGAAAAAAGUGUGGAAGAGAGGCUGGUGUAUGCCCUUAUUAAGGGAAUAGAGACCUAUCUGGUACAGGAUGUGGAAGAAUGUCGGACACAUACUGAUCACUACAUCCGCCCUCUUCAUAUAAUUGAGGGUCCUUUAAUGAACGGCAUGAAGGUGGUCGGAGAGCUGUUUGGUGCAGGCAAGAUGUUCCUGCCACAGGUCAUUAAAUCAGCUCGCGUUAUGAAGAAGGCAGUGGGCCAUCUCAUUCCUUUCAUGGAGAAAGAGAGGAAAGACAAGAUGACUUUGUCCGGCUCAGCUGAAGACAUACUCUUGAGGGCCUCAAAAAUGUUUACAGGUCAUCAAAGGUCAGAUUGUGUUUUCUUUCUUUUUGCUGGACCAUUUGUGAUACUGCUGUACCCCAUUUGUUUGCAGAAUCCUUAUCAAGGCACCAUCAUUCUCGCUACAGUGAAAGGUGAUGUCCACGAUAUUGGCAAGAACAUUGUAGGUGUUGUGCUGGGUUGCAACAACUUCAGGGUGGUUGACUUAGGUGUGAUGGUGCCUUGUGAUCAGAUUCUCAGAGAGGCUAUCCAACAAAAAGCAGAUAUUAUUGGAUUGUCCGGUCUGAUCACACCCUCUCUAGAUGAAAUGAUCUUUGUGGCCAAAGAGAUGGAGAGACUGGGAAUGGCAACACCAUUGUUGAUCGGGGGAGCGACCACUUCAAAGACUCACACAGCAGUGAAGAUUGCCCCGCGGUACACUUCUCCGGUUAUCCAUGUUCUGGACGCUUCCAGGGGUGUGGUGGUGUGCUCUCAGCUUUUGGAUGAUAAUGUUAAGGAGGACUACUUUGAAGAUCUGAAAGAGGAAUAUGAAGAGAUAAGACAAGAGCAUUACGAUUCCUUGAAGGACCGUCGUUAUCUGUCUCUGUCCCAGGCUAGAGAGAAAGCUCUACAUAUUGACUGGCUGUCAGCGACUAAGCCAGUGACUCCUCAAUUCAUUGGCACCCGUGUGUUUGAUCAGUACGACCUGGCAAAACUGGUUGAUUUCAUCGAUUGGAAGCCUUUCUUUGAUGUCUGGCAGCUCAGGGGGAAAUAUCCCAAUCGAGGUUACCCUAAGAUCUUCAAAGACAAGACAGUUGGAUUGGAGGCACGUAAAGUUUUUGAUGAUGCGCAGCGACUGCUUAACCAAAUGAUUGUUAAUUCAAGUCUGACUGGGAGAGGAUUGGUGGGAUUCUGGCGGGCCCAGAGUGAUGGUGAUGACAUCAACGUGUACAAUAAUAAUGAUACAGUGCACAAAGAUUCCAAGCCACUCUCAGUAUUACACGGUUUACGGCAACAGGUGGAAAAGGACGGUACAAAUUCAGAACCCUACCUGUGCUUGGCAGACUUUAUGGCACCCUUAGACAGCGGCUUGGCAGACUACAUUGGAUUAUUUGCUGUGGGAGUGUUUGGUGCUGAGGAACUGAGUCAGCAGUUCCAGACUGAGGGAGAUGACUACAAAAGUAUUAUGGUCAAAUCUUUGGCUGACCGACUGGCAGAGGCAUUUGCCGAAGAGCUACAUGUCCGUGUGCGUAAAGAACUGUGGGGCUACUGUAGUGAUGAAUCACUCCAGACCUCAGACCUCCACAGGGUUCGUUAUCAAGGUAUCAGACCAGCCCCGGGCUACCCAAGCCAGCCUGAUCACACUGAGAAGCUUGUAAUGUGGAACCUGGCUGGAAUCCAGGAAAGCAUUGGCAUUGUUCUGACAGAGUCGCUGGCAAUGAAGCCCGCUGCCUCCGUCUCUGGACUUUAUUUCUCCAACCCACAGGCUUCCUACUUUUCUGUUGGAAAGAUCACCAAGGAGCAGGUGGAGGAUUAUUCAAGAAGGAAAAAGAUGACUGUAGAGGAAAUUGAGAAAUGGCUGGCUCCCAUCCUUGGUUAUGAAAGUGAGGUGUAGAACAGCACCACACUGCCACUGAGCAAUAAAACAUCCACUUCAUGUUGUUUUGUGUCUGCCAAGUGUCCACCAUCAGUAUCAUUUACAAUAAGUGCUAUUGCAGCUUUGGACGACAAUGUGAUUUGCUUAGUUUUUCAUUUCAUUCGACAGAAAAACUUUGAUGGAAAAGCAUACUUUAAGACUGUUAAAGUGGUGUUAACAUAUUUUUUAUGAUCAAAAAUAAAUUUUACUGUCUGAU